CAAAUUUCUCUCAUCUGCUCCGUACUUGAGAGUUCACGAGCAAAAAUGGCAGCCAUGGAAGCCGCGCUCCAGAACCAACCUCCGCCGCCGCCCCUCCAACCCCAACCCCAACCCGCAGCGGUGGAGCGACUAAACGACGCCGUCUGUACUCAGCUAAACCUCAAGUCCGUCAAGGAGCGAGCCUCCAACCUCUUCAAACAAAUCACGAGCAUUCUCGAGGUCCUCCACCGCCACGCGCAGAUUAACACCGCUCCCAACUGGCCGGAGCUCCUCAGCCAGUACUCCAUGGUCAACAUGGAACUCUUCAACAUCGUCAACGACAUCGCGAACGUCUCCAAGGCCUUUGUCGUCUACCCGAAGAACGUCAACGCCGAGAACGCCGUCGUUUUGCCGGUGAUGCUCUCGUCGAAGCUCUUGCCGGAGAUGGAGGUCGAGGACGGCGCCAAGAGGGAGCAGCUGCUUCUAGGGUUGCAGAGCCUCCCAAUCUCAACUCAAAUUGAGAAGCUCACUGCUAGGAUUAGUAUGAUUAAAGACGCGUGUGACAGUGCCGAGAAAGUGUUGGCUGACACUAGGAAAGCCUACUGCAUUGGAACUCGGCAAGGUAUAGCCGUCGUUCCGACGCUGGAUAAAGCUCAGGCGGCGAAAAUUCAAGAGCAGGAGAAUCUACUCCGAGCUGCUGUUAAUUACGGAGAAGCUUUGCGGUUACCUGUUGACCGGAGGCAGAAUCCGCCUGCACUUCCAAUGCAUCUGGUAGAUGUGCUGUCUGGGGGUGAUGGUGUGCAAGCAUUUCCUGAAGCAUCUGGUAUGUACUCAAAGAAUACUCCUUUGUCAUCAAGUAACUUGUCUGGUCAGAGCCCGUUGAUGCAGCAGGUUCCUGGAUCACAACUUAUGGGUAGAUCAGGUGCAUCUCCUGGUGGCACGAGUAUUACAAACUUCGAUAACACAACAUCUCCGUUACCAUAUGCCAACUCUCCACGGUCUAGUACAAACAUUAUGAAUACACCAUCUCCUCAACAGCAACAGAAGCAGCAACUGCAUCAGAUACAGCAACAGCACCAGCAGAAGUUGAUGCAAUUACCUCAGCAUCAACAGCAACUCCUGGCUCAGCAACAAUUUAGGCAAUCGGCGAUGCAAGGACUUGGACAAAGUUCACUGCAGCAACUGCAUGAUUUGCAGGGACAGGCUCAGCAACAGAAGUUUCAGUCGUUACAUGGACAACAUCAAAUGCAAUUCUCUCCAUCAAUGGGGCACCAGCAAUUUCAGGGUAGGCAGUUGCCUUCUGGACACGUUUCACAUGGCAUUGGUCAAAAUCAACUUAACCCAGGAAGUCAAAUGAAUCGUCAUCUUACCCAGUUUUCUGGUGCGACAACACCAAACCAAAUGCUACCAAACAUGUCAGCAACAAUGUCUUCACAAUCAGUUCUGCCACGAAUGCAGUUUGAAUUGCCUGGCAACAAUCCCCAGAGAAGUCAUGCUUCCCAGAUCUUGUCCGACCAAAUGUUUAAUAUGGGAGCCACAAAUACUGGUGGCAUGAUGCCUAUACAACAGCAGCAGCAACAGCAGCAUGGUUCACAAGGUUCUUUUGGUAACAUGGCUCAAAAUGUUCAGAAUCUCCAAUCUAAUAUGGUACAACCUCAGGGCACACCGCAGAAUCAGCCCAAUUUUUCCCAACAGAGACAGCAAAACCAACAGCAAUAGAACUAAUAUAACUUGUUUGUCAAUGUAAAAAUUAAGCUUAAUAUAUUGUUGUGCCAUAUGUAGUCGUGGAAACUGUUAAAUCACUUUUGUAUGUGCUGUGUUGGUAGAGCUUCAUAUGAACAUUUGAGGUCGACAUGUACAUAUUUCUAAAUGAGGUAGCGGGUAAGGCUUCUGUUUUAAUUUGAAGCCAAUCUCUUGUGAUAUCCCGUCUUUCUGCAUGAACGGUUUCCUCUGUCUAGUA